UGAUUUUUGCUAUCUUCAUCUUCCAAAAACUCUCCCUUGAGUCCUAUUCCUUUCACCUCUUUCUCUCUCUUUCUCUACUUUUAAUCGUAAUUAUUGUUUUUAAUUUUUAAAAUUUUCUUCCUCUUUUUUAUAAUGAUCAUGAACUGAUCAUCAACCUAUAUUAUCAAAAAGAAGAGGAAAGAAGAAGAAGAAGAAGAAUAUGUCCGGUGAAGGAGUGGUAGGAGAUGGGUCGAGCAAAGAAUAUGGAGAAGGAUCGUCGAAGUCGCCACCAAGGGCAACAACCCCAAGUCGUUACGAGUCACAAAAACGGCGAGAUUGGAACACGUUUGGGCAAUACUUGAAGAAUCAAAGACCAGCAGUGGCACUAUCUCAAUGCAACUUCAACCAUGUAUUGGAGUUCUUAAGAUACUUGGAUCAAUUUGGGAAGACAAAAGUUCAUGUACAAGGUUGUAUGUUUUACGGUCACCCAGAACCACCUUCCCCUUGUACCUGCCCGUUAAAACAAGCUUGGGGUAGCCUUGAUGCUUUAAUAGGGAGAUUAAGGGCGGCUUAUGAAGAAAACGGUGGUUCCCCUGAAACUAAUCCUUUUGCAACUGCUUCUAUAAGGCUUUAUUUAAGACAAGUUAGAGAAUGUCAAGCUAAAGCAAGAGGAAUUCCCUAUAAAAAGAAGAAGAAGACCAAUAAACAACAACAACCAACAAUUAAUAAUAAUACCAAUAAUCUUCUUAUUCAUGAUUCUACUACUACUAAUAAUAUUUCUUCUUCUUCUUCUUCCUCUUCUUCUUCUUCUUCCAUUAUGCACUUCUCAACUCCUUGAACAACUCAUCACUACUUCAAUUUUAUGAUAUCUUCACCAAUUUCUUCUCCAUCAUCACAUCAAUAUUAUGGACAAAACCUUUGGAGCAAAAGAAUUAGAAAGAACAGAAUGAAAUGUAUUCAAAAGCAGAAAUGUAUUGAAAAGGCUGAAACUUUGAAGUUGUUUUUUUCCUCUUUGCCCCCUUCUUUCAUUUUUCAUCUUUUUCUUUUUUCUUGUUUCCUCUCUCAAUGUCACAUUUGGGAAAACUAUAUAUUAAGUUUGUGUACACAACUGCUAUAUACAGCCAUAUGCAUGUCCCCUAUUACAUUUGUUGCUUCUCUCUUUUUGUUUCUUCUCAAGUUGUUGUAAGAUUUUAUUAUAUAUUUCAUGAGUUCGGAUGUCCUAUGGUUAAA